CAUGCCUGCAUAUGUCUCUUCAGCACCUCUCGCAUUCUAGCAUGUCUUUUCCUGCUCGUUACGUAGACUUUCGUCAGCGACUGCGCAACAACCUCAUUUGUCCGAUUUGUCGGAUCUGAACCACUAUACUGGACCAUUCAAUUGCCCGAGUGGACGAUCUACGAACGACAAUGAGAUGUGAGUCCUACAUAGAGCAUGUACUCUCCUGGCGCAAGAGAUCAUCGGUGGAACCUUUCAAGGACAUCUCCACGAGUCCGUUCACAUGACUAGGCCUUGCCAAGGGUGAUUGAUCGCGCCUCGAGGCUCGAGUCACUUUCCUCCAGGUUCCAGCCGCUGUCGUGUGCAGUGUGUAGCUUGUGCUCCUCAGUCCGGAUUGCUGCACUGGCGUCAGGUGUUCUUCGGCCGACUGUACUUACAGGCAGCUAAAUAUCGCUGCCCCCUUGCCCGAGCCCAACUUGAAAGCAUCGCCAUGGGCAAGUUUUACGACGAGAUCCCCCCAGAGCUCAUCCCCUGGCUGCUCAAACAAGAGCUCUUCUGGGUCGCCACCGCGCCCCUCAGCCCCGAGCAGCACAUCAACGUCUCCCCCAAGGGCGUCCGCGACUCCUUCCACGUCCUCUCCCCCACGCGCGUGUGGUACCAGGACCUGACGGGCAGCGGCGUCGAGACGAUCUCCCACCUGCGCGAGAACGGCCGGAUCACGCUCAUGUUCGCCGCGUUCGAGGGCCCGCCGCGGAUCGUCAGGCUGUUCGGGACGGGGACCGUGCACGAGUUCGGGACGCGGGCGUACGAGGAGCUCAUCCCGCCCGAGAAGCGGAGGCCGGGCUCGCGCGCGGCGAUUGUGGUCGACGUGCACAAAGUCGGUUCGUCGUGCGGGUACGCAGUGCCGUACUACGAGUUCCGUGGCCACCGCCAGGUCCUCCUCGACUACUGGGACAAGCGCGAGCUCGCGGAACAGAAGGGGGGAAAGGGUCUCAAGGCGUACUGGGAGGAGAAGAACCUGCAUAGCAUCGACGGCCUCCCCGGGCUUGCCACCGCCCCGGGUGUGGAGAAAACGCCGGAAUGCACGGACGUGAUGAAGAAGGCAGACAACGCAGAGGAUGGGACAGUCGUGGUCAACAGUACUGCGAACGUUGCGGGGAAGGGCGGUCAUGCCACAGGGGUCCGACGGGUCCAGGAACUUGUAGUUGCCUUUGCUCUGGGUGUUGCGGUUGCUGCGGUGUAUGUGCAACUCGCAGGAGCUGCGUAGAUCGGAUGAAGAUUGUAUCAGAGGUGAUGUACUGUACGAUACUGUUGCUGAAUUUAACGUUUGUCUUGCAUGUCCC